AUGAGACGCAGCAUUGUCCUGCCAGACAGGCAACGAAUCAGGGCAAGGUCUGUUAAUCCAGACAUGUCGCUUGUGAGCCUCAAUCCGGGGUCAAAUCAAAUAACACCUGGUGACAAAUUGGCGAUGCUUGUGAAGCGGCAGGCAGAAGACAAGAAACCCGUAGCUGCCAAGAAGCCUAAAUCUAAAAAUGAUAAAAAGAAAAAGCCAACGGCAGGUAAAAAAGCUGCCAAAAUGUCAAAAGCUAAAAAGAAAUCAAAGGAUGCAAAGAAGAAGUCCAAGGGAAAAAAAUCGAAAGGAAAGAAAAAGAUAGAUAAGAAGCCUAAAGGAAAGAAAAAAGCCAAAAAGUCUAAAGGAAAGGCAGCUAAAGUUAAAGUGACAAAGAACAAGAAAGUCAAAG